UGUUAAGUUGCUAGCUGUCCUCUGUGAUGCCUAUGCACUGUUGUCAGUAGACAUUUAGCAGCAGCAGUACUGGAAAUGAUUGAAAUCUAUCUGGGUUAGAGGUUGCAAGCGGGUUAAUUCGACGUCGCACGGGGCACUGUCCGUCUGUCUACAAAACAUAUUGCUAACGUUAGCUUUUGGGCAAAGGGCGUGAAAGCUGGCAUCACCGCUGGCUUGCCUGCAGCGUUGAGACGGAGCGACAGAUUUGUUCUUUCACUGCAGGCCCCAUAGUCAGCAAAACAAAAACACAUGGGGGAAAAAACUGCACUGCCAAAGAAACGAGUUUGGUUUAUACUGAAAAUAUCUGAUGCAUUAUGCAUGCAACCUUUUAUUAAGCAGCAGGAUGUCUGAGUUCAGCGAGGAGCCGCGCUUCACCAUCGAGCAGAUAGAUCUGCUGCAGCGGCUGCGUCGCAGCGGCAUGAACAAGCAGGAGAUCCUGCACGCGCUCAACACUCUGGACCGGCUGGACCGGGAGCACGGCGACAAGUUUGGCCGCCGCACCUCUUCCUCCUCCUCCUCCUCCUCGUCCUGCUACGGCGUGGGCGGGGCCAACAACACCUCUGCCUCCAACACUACUACAUCAUUCAACAAUAACAACACUGCCUCGGCAACGGCCACCUCUUCGGCGACGUGCAACGGCAACAGCGGCGAGAGCGGCAGCGGCCCCAGCGGAGGCGAUCACUCCGUCGCCGGCGCCGCCUCCUCGUCCACCGCCUCCAAAAUCUCCACCGCCACGCAGACGCAGUUCGGCAGCGCGGGGGGGCUCUCGCCGUCGCCCAGCAACAGCUACGAUACCUCCCCGCCUCCGGGCCCGCCUCCGCCGCCGCCUUCCGCCAUCUUGCCCUCGCCGGUCUCGCUGGUGGCUCUGUCGCAGAACGGGCGGGAUAGCCUAGCUGCCACACCCAACGGGAAGCUGUCCCCUCCCAGGUACCCAGUGAACAGCGCGGCGGCGGCGCGGGCGUUUGGGUUCGAAGCCACAGAGGAGGACCUGGACAUCGACGAUAAGGUGGAGGAGCUGAUGAGGAGGGACGGCAGCAUGGUGAAAGAGGAGAUCAAAGCCUUCCUGGGGAACAGGAGGAUCUCUCAGGCAGUGGUGGCCCAAGUUACCGGCAUCAGCCAGAGCAGGAUCUCCCAUUGGCUACUACAGCACGGCUCCGACCUGAGUGAGCAGAAGAAGAGGGCCUUCUACCGCUGGUACACGCUGGAGAAAACCACCCCAGGUGCCACUCUAAACAUGCGGCCAGCUCCGUUACCUCUGGAGGAAAUGGAGUGGAGGCAAACUCCACCCCCCAUCACCACUGCCCCUGGAACCUUCCGGCUGCGUCGAGGAAGUCGCUUCACCUGGAGAAAAGAGUGCCUGGCUGUGAUGGAGAGCUACUUCAACGACAACCAGUACCCAGAUGAGGCCAAACGGGAGGAGAUAGCAAACGCCUGCAAUGCUGUUAUUCAGAAGCCAGGGAAGAAGCUGUCUGAUCUGGAGAGGGUCACCUCACUGAAAGUUUACAACUGGUUCGCCAACCGUCGCAAAGAGAUCAAGAGACGGGCCAACAUUGAAGCCACAAUCCUGGAGAGUCAUGGGAUAGACGUCCAGAGCCCAGGGGGACACUCUAACAGCGACGACAUCGAUGGGAAUGACUUCUCAGAGCAGGCAUGUGACCUGCCCUAUUUUGACAAGAGACCUCUCAGCCGACCCUUUGGCCUUUACCGACUGGAGCCCACCUCGCCAACACAGGCUGAAGGAAGACACUACCAGUACUUACUACAGCCUCACACGCACACCACUACAACAUCCAUCCCAAAUCCAAAGCUUGACAGGCCUGCCGUGCCCAGACGACGGCGCGGCGCACAGCGAGCACCAGGACCCCAUCUCUCUGGCUGUGGAGAUGGCCGCCGUGAACCACACCAUCCUGGCCCUGUCCCGGACCGGAGGGGUGCCCGGCGACAUCAAGACGGAGUCCCUGGAGGACGAAUGAACUGCACAGGAAAACUGGAUGGAGGCAGCGGAAGAGAGAAAUGACAGUCGAGAGGGAGGAAAAGGGAGGAGGAGUGAAACGGGGAGCUUAAAAAAAAAAAAAGGAAAAAAAAAAAAAAAAAGAGAGACCAAAAUAAUGCUACUUAGUAAACCUUCUGAAUCUGUCCCUCAGCCAGCCCCCUGCCAGCUGGUCCUUCUCUUUCUCUCUCCCUCUCUCGGCUUCCCUCCUCCACUCCCCUCCUCCCACAAAAUCCAUGUAAACGGUAAUUAACCCCCCCCCCCCCCCCAGUCUAUUGACACAGCUGGCGGAAGUGGGUCGCUCUGAUCCCGAUGAAAAUGUUCCACGGAAAAAAAAGAAACGGGGGGCCAAUCCAGGCCUUUAACCCCCGAAACGGUGGCCGUUGUCUGGGAAGUGUGUCUCCCAGGAACUGCCCCUCUUUUCCCUGAAUACACUCUCUCUCCUCACAGGAUACCUCUUCUCUUCCCUCUCCUCCUCCUCCUCUUCCUCCUUCCCUAUCCAGCCUGGUUGUCUGAGCCGAUCCUCAGUCCGUCUCACCUCAGCAACAAAUCUCAGAAAAAUAACGUGUACUGUAUAUAUAUAAUAUAUAUAUAUAUAAUAUAUAUGUUAUAUAUAUGUAUGUUUUUAUGGUUCUCAGUCACACUCUACCUACCGACGUACCCCUCAAAAAUCCACCCUCUUCAUUGUGCAAUUCAUCGGAAGAGCAGCCUCCAGCCGCCGUCUGGGGAACUACGGAUGGAAAGAUGGAUGGUGAGAGUUUCCUUUCCUCCCUCUGUGGCACCGAGGCGGUCAGAAAGGACAAGAACUGUCCAGUCACUGUCCUAUAUCUUCUCUAGUCAUCAUUCCUCAGUGGAGUGGCUUUUUGCUUUCCGACAGUAGAUCUGCUGUUGGAUGAAAACCUCUUAAAAAGUCAGCUCAAAAGAAGUAGCCUUAAUUUCAUACAGACGACUACACCUUUUACUUUUUGCAGUACACAGCAGGGCUUUUUCUCCCCUGACACGGAACAACAAGAAACGUUUUAGUACGUGCAUCAAAAAUGCGAAAGAUUUGUGUCGAGGUUUAUGUCCAACAGCAGCAGUGGUUUUAGUUCAGUUUGAGCCCACAUGGCGACUGGAUAUACAAUCAUUUUACCUUGGGGUGUAGCUUCCCAGUGACACUAUUGUUAAGUACCUGAGGCUAUGAGAAUCAAUUUAGGGUAAAUGUGAUAAUCAAGCAAACUUAAGCUAAUCUAAUAAGCGGGAAUUGUGCUUUGUUUUAAAUGUCAUCAAUGCCAAAGGAAUAGACGCUCGGAGCAACAGGCUAAGCUAAGAGGCUAAGCUAAGACUGAUCUAAUAAUGGUGUUCGCCGCGUUCAUCCAAAGCGAUUUCUACUAACUCCCUUUGGCGUCCGUAGGUUAUCUCUCCUCUCAGUGAAGCGUCUGGAGCCAGCGUGCCGCUGUACGCUGGGCUUGGCUCUACAGCAGGCCUGUGUCGGUUAAAGAUAGGUAUUAGCAGCCAGACAUAUAACGAUAAAAUACCCCUAAGCUAUUUACUACUUGUUCUGUGACGCUGCCUCUUUAUAAUAAGCCUCAAGAAUGUGCAUUCAGAAGAUAUUUUUUUUUUUUUUUUUUAAAUAUCAGUGCUAUCAAUUUAGACCAAAUCCACACUGGAAAUGGUUAAGAAUAUCAGAACUUCUGAGACGAUUGUUUUGUAAUUAUUUCAUCUAUGUAGCCUCAAAGGUAAAAGCACCACUUUGAAGGGAAUCAAAGACAUUUAAAGUGGUGAUAUUGGAAAUAAUUUCCCACUUUCUUUUUUUUGCCCCGGGUGGAACUUUUCCAAAACCAUCUUUGACUGUAGAUGAUCAUGCUGUGUUCCUUUUUAAAGGUGUAGGUUUUUGGGGGCACACUCAUUCUCAAGUACUACUCUUCAAAUGUAGAAUGUUAGAGUGAGAAAGGCAAAAUAGUAGUGACAUGAGAAGAUGAAUACCACCCUCAAUGUCUGUAUGCUUAAGAUGAAGCUAGAGCUAGGAAACAGUUAGCUGAGCUUAGCUUAGCUUAGCUGAGCUUAGCUUAGCUUAGUUUAGCAUGAAGACCGGAUCCAGCUAGCCUGGCUCUGUCCAAAGGUAAAAUUAGCAUUCUACUCACACCUCUAAAGCUCACCUAUUAACCCAUUAUAUUUGCUCUUAUUGAAGCCAUACUAAAAAUGUUGUGGUUUUACGUGCUCAAACAAUUUUUUGGUCCGGUACUUCCUGUGCCCUUUUAAAAAAAAUAUAUAUAUACUUUUAAAGAGAUAUAACGUGUUAGUGAGCUUUUGAGGUGCUAGUAGAAAGAUAUUUUCACUUUUGGACGGAGCCGGGCUAGCUGUUUUCUCCUGCUUCCAGUCUCUAUGCUAAGCUAAGCUAGGCUAACUGUCUCCUCCCUGUAGCUUCAUAUUUAGCCUGUACAGACGUACCGCCGAGAGUGGGAUCAAUCUUCUCAUCUAACUCUGAGCGAGAAAGCAAAUAAGCACAUUUCUCGAAGCGUCAAACUAUUGCUUUGAAGGAACCCCUGCCUUAGGGAUGGUUUUGGAGAAGCGGGAACUGUUCCACAAAGCAGGAACUCUCAUGUAAUUCCUCAUGUUUUAACAUAGUCAGAUAUGGACAUGAAUGAUGUUCUACAUAAUCUGGAAUCUGUAUCCUGCUCGUAGAAAGGCUCCCAGCCCUGGGCUCUAGUCUAGUAAAGCUCUAUUUAAAUCUUUUAAUAAAUCGCUUCUGCGAUUACAGUGACUCCCGUACUGGGAACUGUGUUUCAAAAAGAAAGGGUUGAAAGAUAAAAACCAAUAUGUAUUUAUACUCGUUUUUUUUUAUGGUAAUGUACAAAAAAAAAAAAGUGACAUAUGUUUUUUGAAAUGAAACAUGCUUUUAUUGUUAAAUUAAUCAUGCUUCUUUUUUAAUUUCUCCCGGCUUAUUUUUACAUUAUCAUUUUAACUGUGUUUUUGGUUUUGUUUUAAAUCUUUGUGUCAUCCCUUAUUUGACUGAACAACAGUCUUCCCCCUGCCUGUGUCUGAGGUAGUAAGCUAUUUCGUGAAAGAUGAAAACUGAUGCACCUUAUUCAGAUUAAGAAGCUUAAAAUGUGACACCCCGUCCAAUACACUAUUAUGGGGCUGGUGUGAAUAAAACCCCGAUUUCAGGACAGCUUCUCUCACACCAUAUCAUAUUUAACUAAAGCCCCACCAUGUGCUGUUCUCACCGCCGCACCAAACUCCAUAGUGAAAUGUAGUCAUUUAAUGUUGACCCUCCUCUUGCAAAGUGUAAACUCAUAAAAUAUGGAUUAGAGAAAUAGUUCUAUUUAUAAUGACAUUAUGUGUUACUAGGAGCCAGAGAUUUCUUCUCGAGACUUGGUGACUUGGACUCGAGUCACUGUUUUGAUGGCUUGCGACUUGACAAAAAAAUAAGUGACCUGAGACUCGACAAAAAAUAAAAAUAACUUGAGACUCGACAGAAAAUAAAUGACUUAGAUUUGGACUUGUAAGUUAACGACUCGAGACUUGACUUGAGGCAGGAUGACUCGGACGACUUGCGUGUAUUCAUAAUUUCUUUGAAUGUUCUGUUAAAAAUAAUAAUAUUUAACGUUGUCACGUUUCUGUCUAACUAUCAAGUAUACUAUGCAGCGGCAGCAGCACAAACUGUGAAUCAUGAUUGGACGACUCAAAAAGCUCCCCGGUAUGCGAUUGUCGUGAUUGGAUGACAACACGUGACAUCAGAGAGCCCUGAUGAAGCCCCAUUGGUGGGACCAGACUGCCACAAUGGCUGCGUCUGUGCCACCAGGAAUCCCUUUUGGAUUUUAAAUCUACAGGUAACAGAGCUUGAUUUGGGACUUGACUUGCCUUAACUAAGGACUCGACUUGACUUGACAUAACCACUUGACUUGACGUGUCCCAAAAAAAAUAGCUCGAGACUUGGACCAGAUGACUUGAGACUUACUUGCUGCUAGGUCCUGACUCCAUUUAGGUUUGUAUGAAAAUACAAUGCUGAGUUCCGUCUUGUUCCGUUGCCAUACUGUUAAAGUUCAUAGAAACGAUUAUGCGAUUUGGUGAAAUGUGUUCCAUAUCUGGAACUGUAAAAUAACUCUGAAAUGGCAGAGAUGGAACCAUGGGGCUAAGACUCUGUAAGUUUAGCUGCUGAAACCCAAAACUUUG